CACACACAAGCACAAACAGGGGUGGGAGGGGUGACGCUGGAAUUCGACGGCCUGUUUGUGAUUGGCUAAUCUGCCAUUGCGUUCUUAGCGAAUAAGAGAGUGGCCGUUUUGUCUAUAUUACGGAGAGCUCGGGGUGUAAUGUUUAUUUCGGAGUUGUUCGAACAGAUUUGAGCAUCAAGAUGAGUGGCAGAGGAAAAACCGGCGGAAAGGCUAGAGCCAAGGCCAAGACUCGUUCAUCCAGGGCUGGACUUCAGUUCCCCGUGGGACGUGUGCACAGGCUUCUGCGUAAAGGCAACUAUGCCGAGCGCGUCGGUGCCGGCGCUCCGGUCUACCUGGCCGCAGUGUUGGAGUAUCUGACCGCUGAGAUCCUGGAGUUGGCCGGUAACGCCGCCCGUGACAACAAGAAAACUCGUAUCAUUCCCCGCCACUUGCAGCUCGCCGUGCGUAACGACGAGGAGCUGAACAAACUGCUCGGCGGAGUGACCAUCGCUCAGGGUGGUGUGCUGCCCAACAUUCAGGCUGUGCUUCUGCCUAAAAAGACCGAGAAGGCCGUCAAGACUAAGUAAACUCGUCCACUGCUGCUUUGUCAGUACCCAAAGGCUCUUUUAAGAGCCACCAUCUCUGCUCAAAAAGUGCAAUUUUACACCCGUUUUUCUACUGAAAGUGUGCACUAGAA